AUGGAUAACCCUGUUGAAGAGAUCCGAGACGUUGUGCGAUCCAUCACUGAGCCAUAUGAAGCCACUGUGCUCGCAUCAAACGUUAGGAAGUAUUUUACUGCUGAUGCCACUAUUGAACAUCCAUUUCUCAAUCAACCCGCUUCUGUGAAUGGUAGAGACGAUUUGGAAGGAAUUUACAAGAUGCUACGUGUUAUGACUGUGAACAACAAGAUUGAUUUCCAUGCAGUAAUGUUCAAUGAAGAUAUGACACAAGGUGCCCUAGAUCUUACGGAAUGGGUUAAUCUUAGAUGGAAUCCAUUUUUAUCAUCAAGACAAUUACCAGCUAGAUUUUUAGUACGUAUAGAUUUAAAGAAAUGUGAAGAUGGUAAAUAUCGAAUCUGGAGACAACAAGAUAACUUUCCAAGUGAUCUAACUCAAUCUGGUCAAGCUCGUCUAAUCCCUGGUCUUUCUACUUUUAAUACCAUCUUAAAAGCCACAAUAGCUAUUAUGACUGCCAAGAUUGGUAGAGUAUUGUUAAGUCGAGGUUGGCUUGGACCUUGA